AUGCAAGAGGCUGACAGCUCAGAAACCCUGACAGGACUCGCGACCGCGCUGCAACCUGGCAAGGUGCAGGGUUGCAUCAUCUGGGCUGUUAGAGCCGAGACGGUCGAAGCCCUGAGGAGAAAGACAAGAGUGAGAGCGACGGCCCCGCCGCUACGCCCCUCCCCCAACCUUAACGUGUCGCCCGCGCGUCGCGCCGCCUUGACGUCACUGCCAAGCGACAGCCGCCGGGAACUGCAGCGGCCUCGUGGGCGCCUCCCAGAUUCUGCUGCCAUGGAUUACUUCCCCAAACUGGAUCUCCUCAGUGUUAUGGCUGGAGUGGCCUGCGGAGUGUGCCUGGGUUGGGGCACGCGUGCACGAUUCUUCAGACCAUCCAAAGCGCGCGUGAACAUGCCUGCUGCUGAACUGGGGAGCGAAGCCAGCAUCAUGGGAGAGUCUGGAGAGUUCAAAAUGGUGCUCGUUGUCCGCCAAGACUUGAAGAUGGGGAAAGGCAAAGUGGCAGCGCAGUGUUCGCAUGCUGCGGUUUCUGCGUACAAGCAGAUCCAGAAAAGAAACCCCGAGCUCCUCAAGCAGUGGGAGUAUUGCGGGCAGACUAAAGUGGUGCUCAGAGCCCCUGAUGAAGAGACUCUAGUUCAGCUCCUUGUUGAUGCUAAACAGCUAGGACUGACUGUGAGUUUAAUCCAAGAUGCUGGUCGUACUCAGAUUGCACCUGGCUCCCAAACUGUCUUAGGCAUUGGCCCAGGACCAGCUGAUCUGGUGGAUCAAGUGUCCGGGCACUUAAAACUCCUCUGAUGUGGAAAAUAAACCUUGGAUUUAUUGCAGCAACUCAUAUUACCACCAGUCUUAAUGAAAAAUCAAACCCAACCUCUAGUUUGUUUCCAUCAGUUCUGCUCUAGUAUGAAUAAAAAGCAUCAGUGUCUCUUUUUUGUA